CUCAGUGCUCUCCAGCCUAGACAAACUUCCUCUCUGCUGCUCUUUUUCAUUUCUAUUUCCCCCACUCUCAAUGGUUUUGUUUGCUCGCCUGUUGGUUACUACUGUGUGUGUGUGUGCGUGUGUGUGUUUUCAUUGGGGAUUUGGACACCGGGAGGAUGCGCUUUUUGGAGGAACAAAUACUCAAAGUUGUCUCUUCGGCCAGGCCGGGGUUGUUUUAGUGGAUAAAUAGAUGUUCUUCGGGUUGGAAUGAACAAUGGUGCGGAUCCUUGGUGCUCUGGCGGAGGACAUGCUCUGGUUUCGGCUGCUGUUGCUGUGCGUCGUGGAGUUGGAGCUGGGAGCCGGGCUUUCUACUUUCCAGGGUUUCUAUCUUCCACCUGCGAACGGGUCGCUUCUCACACCUGCCCGGAGGACAGACGGGGUCGUGCGGACCAUUGACCGGAUUUACCACGGAGGAGGGAAGGUGGGCUACCUGGUGUACCUGGAUGGGAGCCGGUUUCAGCUUGACAUGGAGCGGGACGAGUCGCUGCUGUCGCAUCACUUUAGCCCCCAGUAUGUGUUCGCUAUGAUGGGGGACAGCCCUGCGCCUUUGCAGCGGGAAUGCGUGUACCGUGGGACAGUGGACUCCAACCCGGAGUCCCUGGCCGUCUUCAACCUCUGUGGCGGGGGUCUCGAGGGCUACUUCGCCUUGGACCACGCGCGCUACUCCAUCACGCCUAUAGUCAGGGCGAAGGGACACGAGCACGACUUGCGUGCCCUGCACGACAAAGACGCGGAGAGCGCGCUCCAUGUGUUCACGCGCGAAAGUUUCAGCUUUGAGGCCAUGCGCGAUGCGCGCGAGAGUUGCGGGACGCGUGACGGGCGCAGAGGACGCAGGCAUGCGGCGGGGAAACGCCGGCACAGAGCUCGCGGGAAGGGGGGACAGGGUAAAGAGGGACUCGCAGAGGAGAGCACGGAUGAGCACGGUCCGCGCGGGCGAACAUGGUGGAGCCGGUUCGCCAAAGCAGCAGCAGCAGCUGCUCCGGAAUCUGGCACGCGCAGCAAGAGGUCAGUCUCUCGCGCCAGGCACGUGGAGCUGCUCCUGGUGGCCGAUGACACCAUGACCAAGAAAUACGGCAAGGACUUGAAUCACUACCUGCUCACACUGGCCUCCAUCGCGUCCAAGCUGUACGGGCACGCCAGCAUCGAGAACCCCAUCCGGCUGUCGGUGGUGAAAGUGGCCGUGGUCGGUGAGAAGGAGAAGGGGCUGGAAGUGUCCAAGAACGCGGCGACAACACUGAAAAGCUUCUGCAAGUGGCAGAACCAACAGAACCCGCUGGACGACGACCACCAGCACCACCACGACGCCGCCAUCCUCUUCACCAGGCAGGACCUCUGUGGCCACCACUCCUGUGACACCCUGGGGAUGGCAGACGUCGGCACCAUCUGCUCCCCGGAGAGAAGCUGCGCCGUCAUCGAGGACGACGGGCUUCACGCCGCGUUUACAGUCGCGCAUGAGAUAGGCCACCUGCUAGGCUUGUCCCAUGACGACUCCAAGUUCUGCGAGGAGCGUUUCGGAGUGAACAGCGACAAGCGGCUAAUGUCCUCCAUCCUCACCUCCAUAGACGCCUCCAAACCCUGGAGCCGCUGCACCUCGGCCACCAUCACAGACUUCUUCGAUGAUGGCAACGCGGAGUGUCUUCUAGACUCUCCUCGCCAGCCCCUGCUGGGCCCUGAGGAGCUCCCCGGGCAGAGCUACGACGCCGUCCGCCAGUGUCGCCUGGCCUUCGGCCCCGAGUACACAGUCUGCCCCGGCAUGGACGUAUGUUUCCGCCUGUGGUGCGCCGUGAUUCGCCAGGGACAGAUGGUGUGUCUGACCAAGAAGCUGCCGGCCGUGGAGGGGACGCCCUGCGGGAAGGGACGCAUCUGCCUGCAGGGGAAGUGUGUGGACAAGACCCGCAAGAGACACUACUCGGCGUCCAACCACGGUAGCUGGAGUUCCUGGGGUUCUUGGGGUGCGUGCUCCAGGACUUGCGGGGGCGGGGUGCAGUUCGCCCAUCGCCUGUGCAACAACCCGCCACCACGUAACAACGGGCGCUACUGCACGGGGAAGAGAGCCAUCUAUCGGUCCUGCAGCGUCACACCGUGUCCAGCAUCAAGUAAAAGUUUCCGGCAGGAGCAAUGUGAAGUGCGCAACGGUCCCCAGACAGAUCCUAAAGGGGUGAAGACCUUUGUUGAGUGGGUGCCUAAGUACGCAGGAGUCCUCUCUAAAGAUGUGUGCAAGUUGACCUGCAGAGCAAAUAAGACAGGAUACUACGUGGUGUUCUCUCAUAGGGUGAUAGACGGGACAGAGUGUCGUCCUUAUAGCAGCUCGGUGUGCGUGAAAGGGAAGUGUGUACGGACAGGCUGCGACGGCAUCAUUGGCUCCAAGCUGCAGUUUGAUAAGUGUGGUAUAUGUGGAGGCGACAGCAAAGGAUGUGUACGCGUUGUGGGCAACUUCACUAAGAAGAGUAAGGGAUACACUGACGUGGUGAAGAUUCCUGCAGGUGCCACCCACAUCAAGGUUCGUCAGCACAAGGGCAAGGACCAGACCCGCUACACUGCCUACCUGGCCCUCCGACGGCCCAGCAACGAGUACCUCCUUAAUGGCAAGUUUGUGAUCUCCACCUCCGAGACAAUCAUCGUACUCAACGGUUCUGUGCUUAACUACAGCGGCUGGAGCCAAAAGGACGAGUCGCUCCACAGCGUGGGUCCCGGGGCCAUCCAAGAACCCUUGGUGGUCCAGAUUCUAGCAACAGAUGCUAAAAAGCCUCUGGAUGUUCAUUAUAGCUUCUUCAUGCCGCGCAAAUUAGCCCCGCAGCAGCCAUCAGCUCCGCUCAUUCCCAAACCAAAGGCCACCUUUCCACAGAGCACUACGAGAGCCUCAACCACGACGAGAACCACCACCAUCAGUAGCACCACUAUAUCUUUCUCUGCUCCCCCUGUCCUGGUCCCAGGGCCACCGACAGCUCCAGGUCCCUCCACCCCUACCCCGGGGCCCCACUGGGUAACGGGAUCCUGGAUGACCUGCUCCAGGACUUGUGACACUGGCUGGCAGAGCCGGACAGUGCAGUGUAAGGACCGGAAUGGAAAACUGUCCAAGGGCUGCACGUUAGGUGCCCGACCCUCUGCCUUCAAACACUGUCUGGUGAAGAAAUGCUGAGGCGGCAGGAGAGGAAAAAUGAUUUGUAAGACAAGAAACAAUUCAUGGGAAGAAGUUUAAUCUGGACAUCUGAAGUGCUGGAUGUAGGACUACGGACCAAUGAAUUAAAGAACCACGAAUAGGACUGUGGAUGUUGGCUAAAGGGCCUGGACCAGAUACACAGAGACUCAGAGACAGAUUGUCAUGACUAAAUGCCAGAGGAAUGUCCUGGAAUCAUAGUAGCUAUGCAGAGCACAAGUAGAACAGAGGACAGAGUCCGAAUGUUAGUGACAAGUAACGCCCUAGCAUAGCUAAGGACUUAAAAUUGCAUGUCAUUUCCACAUGGACAGUUACUGAUUGUCUUUACUUCAGUCUCCCAACCCUGGAGGCUUAGUGUCUGUUGCCCUGUACUGGCAUGCCUGUUGUUGUGUUUUUUUAUGCUAUUCCAUGUGUUCUAAUCACUGUGGGGAUUUAGAAGCCGCACCCCUUUGUCUUUUUUCAUGAGUUUGUCCGAGACUAGAGCACCACUGAUGGGAAGCACUCGUUAUUCACGUUAACGUCAUUUUUGCCAGAAUCGGAGUCCUGUUUCACGUCCGUCGUACUACGUUCCAUAUUACUCCCCUUACUUGGACAUUUCAGUCACUAAACAGCUCGUAAAAUGUUUUAGGAUCAGAAUUUUGAACGUACAAACUCACUGGAUGCCCGGCAAUCUCCGUAGCAACGGAUAAGACACCAAGAAGGGUCUGUUCCCUGACAAACAAUGCGAGACACGUGAAAUCACAGGAUGUCUUUUUGAUUGACAAACUUGAGCACAUCCCUGCAACAUUAAUCCUAAAAUGGCGGUCUCCUUAUUUUCUGAUUGCCUACCAAUUUUCUUCUCUUAAAGAAUUUCAUGAGCCACCCAGUGACCGAAAACUACAAGUUCCAGGAGAUGUCCAUACAAAUGAGGGUCCUGGAUCAGGUCCACACAUAUUCCCCGACUAUAAGCACUAUGUGUCUUUAUUUGACUAAGCUCUCCUGAUGAAAACCAAAAAGCAACAAAAGAAGAAGGGAUCAUAAAGCCGUAGUGUUGAUUAUUUUGGGAAGGACAUCCAAAAGAUGCUUUCUGCAUGGGGGGGGGGGACUUCACGACCAAGAAUGAAUGGGUAAAACCAGACGUUUGGUUAUUGGAUGGUGCGUUGCAUCCUAGAUCCAGCCAGUCUUAAACUGUUGGGACACUUCUUUGCUCACGUUCUUGGAAGGUUUCUCUACUCCGGCGAGUCCCCUCUACAGCGUAGAAACCGCCGCAUGGUGUGACGGCAUGGAAAGUGAAAGUACGGUGGCCUUUAGAGGGCGAACUUUACAACAGUUAAAUUGACAAAGGGGCAAAGUAACCAUGACACUCCUUAACAUUUAUGGAGGUUAACCAUGACUCAAAGUUUUGGGGAAAUGCUUGAUUUUGUGUGUGUGUGUAUGCGUGUGAGCGUGUAUGUGUGUCCGGUCUGUGUUUUAAGCACAUACAGUAUGUACCAUGAAUGUGUGCGUGUUGAACGUUCUUCACUCUCAGCUCCAUUUGUAUCAGUCAGUAUGUUGGCGCUGGGAGGUUUACGGCCCUCAUGUUUUAUUGUGGCGGUCAAUAUCUGUUUUUUCUUGUCUGUUUUAUCCGUUUAGGAAGCUAUGCUAAUAUGACAAUGUGUGCCCUGGUUACUCCCGACAGCAGCAAAGGAGAUACUAAUGCAGUCAUUAAUGGCCUUUUGCAAUUCAACUCUUUCUUCAUUUUCUUUCUUUUCAUCUCAUCUCACAUCAAUCCCACAAAUUAUUGUUUUGAUCGCUUUCCAACCCUGAUGGGUGGUGUUUGCCACAUUACAACAAUUAAGUUAGAACCACAGAAUGAUUUUAAAGGAUCAAUUCACUGGAGUUUGGAGAUAUCCAUCUGGUGCCUCCGCCCGAGUAGAGGGAUGGAAUUUCCUUUGUGGUUUUUGUGGUAGAGGUUUUACAUUUACAUUUUUCUGCAGAAACGUCAUAAACAAGGUCUCAGUUACUAUAGACAGCAAUUUCUUUGGAACUACAUUGUGCUGAAGAAACAGUCUUAAUGACUACAGGGGGACACGGAUGCAGCAAAGGAAUCUUGCUGUCAAUUUAAAGAAAUAGUUUGAUAUUUUAGCAAACACAUCCUUUUUCUUUUCUUGCCAAAAAUAGUUGAGAAGAUUGAUACCACUCAGGCCUGUCCAGCUAGGAAGUUUAGCAUAGCUUAGCAUAAAGACUGGAAAACAGGGGAAACAGCUAGCCUGGAUCUGUCCAAAGAUUAAAAAUACACCUACCAACGUCCCUUUACUAACCUGUCACAUGUUGUUUAAUCUGUACAAAAAUCAAAGUGGAAAAAGGACAAUUUGCCCGUUUCCAGUAUUAAUGCUAAGCUAACGUGAUGCUCAUGGCUCAACUUUCUAUUGAAUGUACAUACAUGAGUGUGGUAUCAAUCCUGUUGUCUAACUCUCUAGAAAGUUAAUAACGAUGUCGAAGCUAUUCUUUCUGCAUCACUAGAUACCACUAGGUUAAAGUAAGGAAAUGCGCUUUUUUGUAAUUUUGGCAAACUCAUUCUUUAAAAUCCAACUAAUCUCACAAUAUCUUUCUUUAAUGUUAUUUAAUGCAAGGAUGCAUUUAGCAUGUAGAAAAUGUAGAUUACAUAUCAAAUGGACUUUAAAAUACCUUCAUGUAAUUUUGUUAAUAUGUUUGUGUGGCAAGCCUCACCCAUAUGGCACCUGUGCGGGAGAAAACAACCCAUAAGAAAUAUUUUCAGAUAGUAUAUGACCCAGGUCAACUUACCACUCACAAAAUGUUCUCUCUUCUUCCCUCACACAUUCAGAUUUAUUUACACAAUGUAGACAUUUUUUACCAAGAUUAGAUCUUUCAUAUAUGUGUUAGUAUUCAACCAUAUUUACACAGAAAUGUACACAGACAGACACACUUAAAUAAUCCAUAAACCUUCAGAAAAUAACUUCAGAAACCUACACACACACACUCCACAUGUACACACACAACCCACUCUGACUCUUCCAGUAGGGAAACCGCUCUUGCUGACCGCUGACACAGCACUGAACUUGUAAUUUAUUGUUUGUACAACUGGUAUGUGUGAAUAAAAAAAAACAAUGAGAUGAGUUUUAUUUAUUAUAGUAAUUUUGUAUCAAAUUACUAUUUAACUUAGGAAUAUGAAUCAUUCCUUUGUAAGAAUACAGUGUUUCUUUUCUAGUCAUUCACAUGAAAUGUACAUAAAAAUCUAUAU